AUGGUGUCGCCGGACGCUAUCCGCACCGUCAUCGGCGUCAUAGGCAAUGGAACCGCCUUGGUGCUCUUCCUAUCCCCAGUGCCGACGUUCAUCCAAAUCUGGAAGAAGAAGACGGUGGAGCAGUACUCGGCGGUGCCGUACCUGGCGACGCUGCUGAAUUGCAUGAUGUGGGUGCUCUACGGGCUCCCGCUGGUGCACCCGCACAGCAUGCUCGUCAUCACCAUCAACGGCACCGGCAUGCUCAUCGAGCUCACCUACGUCGCGCUCUUCCUCACCUUCUCCGUCGGCGCCGCCCGCCGCCGAGUCCUCCUCCUGCUGGUCGCCGAGGUCGCCUUCGUCGGCGGGGUUGCCGCGCUCGUCCUCUCCCUCGCCCACACCCACGACCGCAGGUCCAUGGUCGUCGGCAUCCUCUGCGUCCUCUUCGGCACCGGCAUGUACGCCGCGCCGCUCUCCGUCAUGAAAAUGGUGAUCCAGACCAAGAGCGUGGAGUACAUGCCCCUGUUCCUGUCCGUGGCCUCGCUCGUCAAUGGCAUCUGCUGGACUGCCUACGCCCUCAUCAAGUUCGACCUCUACAUCACCGUAAGCCUUCUAACAUUUCACACACAGUAA